UAAAUAUUGAAGAUACAACCUAAUGACUUGAUACACAUAUAUGCUCAGUUGCUAAGUCGCGUCUGACUCUUUGCAACCUAUGGACUAUAAAAACUACUCACCACAGCCAAGGCAAUCAACAUAGCAGUCAAUUCACACCUUAACCAUUUUCCUUUUUUGUUUUUAAUGUUGAGAACUUCCAAGAUCUCUUCUCAUAGAAAAUUGAAAUUUCACAGUACAUAAUUGUUGACUGGAGCCACAUUUCUGUAUACCAGUUCUCCAGAACUUACUUGUGUUUUGUAAUUGAAGCCUAAAGUCAUUAUUAAAAAGGGAAAUUAUCAAAGAAUAGCAACAUGAUCUUGUGAUAAGCUCCACAAAUUUUGACCUUUCUUCAUUUAGGGUGGAAGGGAAGAAAACUGCUGAGCUGGUAAGAUGGCCACACAAAUAGCUACAUACUUAUGGGUAGGAGCCCAACAUUUUGUUCAUUCAGUCCUGCAGUCAUUCAUUCACUCAAAUAACACAUUCUAGGCAGUUUUGAUGCUCACUGUCCAUCCACCAGUGAGACAGUCAUGCUGGACUUGGGCUUGAGUCCAAAUCAGGAGUCAUCAUUUAAUACAUCUUUGAAGACUGUGGAUCAGUGCUGUCCUUGAGCCUCAUCUUUCUCAUCCAUAAAAUAGGGAUAAUACAUUGUUGAAUAGGGUGUUGUUACAGUUAAAAGUAAGGGGAGUUCCCCAGAAAUAUGCAUGACCUGUGUUCUGUAACAUAUGCCACUGUUACUUGUCUAGGCCCUGAGCUCAUGAUGAAAGAAAUCAUGCGACAGCCUCUCUCCCUUCAGAUUUCCCUUUCCCAGUCUAAGAGGGCAGCAACAAGCUCACAGAGGUUCCCUGCACAAUGCAGCAUGUAAGAUGCCAGAAAGCUGCCCCCAUUAACACCAUGCAUUCAUCUUCCAAAAUCAUCUGAGUUCCUCUGACUUUGUUACUUUUCAUUAGGUCUUGCAGCUCUACAAACAUAAUCUGUGCUAAAAACCCUGUUGUUGUCCGAGGUCAAAAAAUCUGUUGGAGUUUGGAGCAAAGAAAGGUUUAUUGAAAGAGUCAAGCAAGGAGUUCAUGCUCAAAAAAAUCCAAACUCCCUGAUGGAUUUCAGGGGAGAGUUUUUGCAGGGAAGGUGAGGGAGAAAGUGCAGUAUAGGUGAUCACCUCCAUCAUUAUUCUCUGAUUGGUUGAUGAUGAGGUAACAGGGUCAUGUCAUGGGGUUUAACAUCUUCAGUCCUCAGGCUCCAGCUGGUGUGGGGGCUCCCUGCUCGUGGUCGUCAUGCAGUUAACUUCUUCCAUCUGGUGAGGGUUUUAGUAUCUGUAGAAUAACUCAGGAAUGUGCAUCAGACACUGUCAUCUAUAUGAUCUAAAUCCUUCAGGGACUAAAGAUUUUGUGAUUGCUAUAUGGCUGAUCUAUUGUUUAAUAUUUUGUUGUUGUUGUUACUACACAUUCACAUUCUUUCAAUCAUUAAUUCUUGAGCCAGCCUUCUGUGGUUCAGAGGAGGCCUGGGAGAUUAAAGCUUUUCUCCAAGCAAGAGGGGCUUCCCAGGUGGUUCAGUGGUAAAGAAUCCACCUGCCAAUACAAAGAGAAGCAGGAUGCAGGCUAGAUUCAUGGUUCAGGAAGAUCCCCUGGAGGAGGAAAUGGCAACCCACUCCAGUAUUCUUGCCUAGAUAAUCCCAUGGACAGAGGAGUCUGGUGGGCUACAGUCCAUGUGGUCGCAAAGAGUCGGACAGGGCUGAGUGACUGAGCACAACAUGCACAAACAGUAGGCAGGCAGAGGGCAUGGGGUGGGGUGGGAUCUAUCUCAGGAAGGUCCCACAAGGUCCUUGCUCCAUAACAGCUUGACACCCUCCUGUAGCACCCUUAUUUGGUCUUGAUGAGGGCAGAGUGCCCAGAGCGCAGACUGCUAUCUCCUUGUGCCAGCUUUCUCCUGGUCUUCACCACAGCUAAGGGGCGGUUCUCAUGUAGCCUGCCCCUCCCUCUCCUUCUUCUGGGUGGGGGCCUGGGCUCAGGGCGCGCCCUUUGGUAGCAUUUGCAGCCCGGUGCCCAAACGUAGGCGCCUCUGUCCCGUGCCUUGGGUGCCGCACUUUCCCUAAGUGGCUCCAUCAAGUGCGCCUGCAGCCUCGCCUCAACAACUGCGCGGCCCCGGGCAGAGUCCGCCUGGCUGCCCCUUGGUCCUGCUGCCCCCACCGCUCCCGACUCCAGGCCCCAGGGGCAGAGGCGCGGGCGGCCCCCCGGUGCUCCACUCCUUGAAGCAGGUAGUUCUGUCUCCCCAAGAGAGGACCGCGCUGUGUCUGAGCCUCAGCCUCCUCGCCGGCGCCUCCAGGAGCAGCUCCAUCACCAGAGCAGCGUGACCCAGGCCCGCGGCAGCCCCCGCCGGCAAGAUGCGGAAGCCCAACCCUCUGCACGACGCGAACUUCUGCUCGCGCCUGUUCUUCUGUUGGCUAAACCCCUUGUUUAAAAUUGGUUACAAAAGAAGAUUAGAAGAAGAUGACAUGUACUCCGUGCUUCCGGAAGAUCGCUCCCAGCACCUUGGAGAAGAACUACAAGGGUACUGGGAUCAAGAAGUUUUGAGAGCUGAGAAAGAUGCGCGGGAGCCUUCUUUAGUGAAAGCAAUCUUCAAGUGUCACUGGAAAUCCUAUUUAGUUUUGGGAAUUUUUAUACUUCUUGAGAAAGGCAUCAGAGUCAUUCAGCCCAUAUUUUUGGGGAAAAUGAUUAAUUAUGUUGAAAACUCAAAUCAAACGGAUUCUGCCGCUUUGCAUGAAGCCUAUGGCUACGCGGCAGGGCUGAGCGCCAGCGUGCUCGUGUGGGCUGUUCUGCACCACUUGUACUUCUAUCACAUUCAGCGUGUGGGAAUGAGGCUGAGAGUAGCCCUGUGCCAUAUGAUCUACCGCAAGGUACUUCAUCUGAGUAGCUUGGCCAUGGGGAAGACCACCACAGGCCAGAUAGUCAACCUGCUGUCUAAUGAUGUGAACAGGUUUGAUCAGAUAACAAUGUUCUUGCACUAUGUGUGGGUGGGGCCACUGCAGGCAAUUGCAGUGACUGCCCUGCUCUGGAUGGAAACAGGAAUAUCGUGUCUUGCUGGGAUGGCGGUUCUCAUUUUCCUUCUGCUGUUGCAAAGCUGCUUUGGGAUGUGGUUUUCAUCACUCCGGAGUAAGACUGCAGCUCUCACAGACGACAGGAUCAGGACCAUGAGUGAAUUUAUAAGUGGCAUCAAAUCAGUAAAAAUGAAUGCUUGGGAAAAGUCACUUAUAGACCUUAUUACCAGAUUGAGAAGGAAGGAAAUUUCCAAGAUUCUGCAAAGUUCCUAUCUUAGAGGAAUGAAUCUGGCAUCAUUUUUUGCUGUAACCAAAAUCAUGAUUUUUGUCACCUUCGUCACCAAUAUGGCUCUCGAAAGGGUGAUUACAGCCAGCCAAGUGUUUGUGGUGGUGACGCUGUUUGAGGCUCUGCGGUUUACGAGCACCCUCUACUUCCCCAUGGCCAUCGAGAAGGUGUCAGAGGCCAUCAUCAGUAUCCGAAGAAUCAAGACCUUUUUGUUACUUGAUGAGAUAUCACAGCUCACCACUCAACUGCCAUCAGAUGAUAAAACAAUCGUGCACAUGAAAGAUUUUACUGCUUUUUGGGAUAAGGAAUCAGAAACCCCAACCCUACAAGGCCUUUCGUUUACUGUCAGACCUGGUGAACUGUUAGUUGUGGUUGGACCUGUGGGAGCAGGAAAGUCGUCACUGUUACGUGCUCUGCUGGGGGAGCUGCCCCCGAGCCAGGGACAGGUCAGCGUGCAUGGGAGAAUCAUGUAUGUUUCUCAGCAGCCUUGGGUGUUCUCAGGAACUGUGAGGAGUAACAUUUUAUUUGGGAAGAAGUAUGAAGAAGAACGAUAUGAAAAAGUAAUAAAGGCUUGUGCUUUGAAAGAGGAUUUACAGCUUUUGAAGGAAAAUGAUCUAACUGAGAUAGGAGACCGGGGAACCCCGCUGAGUGAAGGACAGAAAGCACGGGUCAGCCUCGCCAGAGCCGUGUAUCAGGAUGCAGACGUCUACCUCCUGGAUGAUCCACUGAGCACAGUGGAUGCAGGAGUCAGCAGGCACUUGUUCGAACAGUGUAUUUGUCAGGCCUUGAAGGAGAAGAUCACAAUCUUAGUGACUCAUCAGCUGCAGUACCUAAAGGAUGCAAGUCAGAUUCUGAUACUGAAAGACACUGAAAAUAUACAAGUUACAUUACCACUGGAGGACCGUUCUGUUGGAAGAGUUGGUUUUAAGACCUAUGAGAAUUAUUUCACAGCCGGUACUCACUGGUUUAUCAUCAUUUUCCUUAUUCUAGUGAACAUCACAGCUCAGGUUGCCUAUGUCCUGCAGGACUGGUGGCUUGCAUACUGGGCAAAUGGACAGAGUACCCUAUAUGUCAUGGAAUAUGGAAAAGGAAGGGUAAUUGAGAUACCUGAUCCUGAUUGGUACUUAACAGUUCACUCAGUUCUAACCAUAGGUAUCAUCCUUUUUGGCAUCACAAGAUCUUUGUUGAUAUUGUACGUCCUUGUUAAUUCUUCACAAACUUUGCACAACAAAAUGUUGGAGUCCAUUUUCAGAGCGCCAAUGCUGUUCUUCGAUAGAAAUCCAAUAGGAAGAAUUUUGAAUCGUUUCUCUAAAGACAUUGGCCAUAUGGAUGACUUGCUGCCCCUGACAUUUCUUGAGUUCAUCCAGACAUUUCUACUUGUGAUUGGCGUGGUGGGUGUGAUGGUGGCUGCAAUUCCCUGGAUCGCUAUACCUGUCAUUCCCCUUGGCAUCAUUGUCUUUGCUCUCCGGCGAUAUUUCUUAGAGACAUCACGAGAUGUGAAACGCCUGGAAUGUACAACUCGGAGCCCAGUGUUUUCCCACUUAGCAUCUUCUCUCCGGGGACUCUGGACCAUCCGGGCAUACAAAGCUGAACAGAAAUUUCAGAAACUGUUUGAUGCAUACCAGGAUUUGCAUUCAGAGGCUUGGUUCCUGCUUCUGACGACGUCCCGAUGGCUCGCUGUGUAUCUGGAUGUCAUCUGUGCCAUCUUUGUUACUGUUGUUGCCUUUGGGGCCCUGAUUCUGGUAGAAUCCUUGGAUCUCGGGCAGGUUGGCCUGGUCCUGUCUCUCUCUCUCGUACUCACGGGGAUGUUCCAGUGGUGCGUCAGGCAAAGUGCUGAAGUUGAGAACAUGAUGAUAUCAGUAGAAAGGGUAAUUGAAUAUACAGACCUCGAGAAAGAAGCACCCUGGGAACUUGAGUAUCGUCCACCACCAUUCUGGCCCCCAGACGGAAGGAUUUCCUUUUUCAGUGUGAACUUCAGAUAUAACUUGGACAGUCCUCUGGUAUUGAGGAACCUGGAAACAUCCAUUUACUCAAGAGAAAAGUAUGGCAUCGUGGGAAGAACAGGAACUGGAAAAAGUUCCCUCAUUGCUGCCCUUUUUCGAUUGUCAGAACCUGAAGGUGGCAUUUAUAUUGAUGGAAUCUUGACAACACGUAUUGGACUGCACGAUUUAAGGAAGAAAUUGUCAGUUGCACUUCAGGAACCUGUUUUAUUCACUGGAACAAUGAGGGAAAAUCUGGAUCCCUUUAAUGAGCAUACGGAUAAUGAACUGUGGAAUGCCUUAGAAGAGGUACAACUCAAAGAAUCCAUCGAAGGUCUUCCUGCUAAAAUGAAUACUGAAUUAGCAGAAUCUGGAUUGAACUUGAGUGCUGGUCAGAAACAACUGCUGUGCCUUGCCAGGGCUCUUCUCAGGAAGAAUCAGAUAUUGAUUCUUGACAAAGCCACAUCAUACGUGGAUCCAAGAACUGAUGAGUUAAUACAAAAAAGAAUUCGUGAGAGAUUUGCCCAGUGCACUGUGCUGACCAUUGCACACAGGUUGAGAAACAUUAUUGACUGUGAAUGGAUAAUGGUGUUGGAUUCAGGGACAUGGAAAGAACAUAAUCAGCCAAAUAAUUUGCUGCAAGAUGAAAACAGCCUAUUUUACAAAAUGGUGCAACAACUGGGUGAGGCGAAGGCUGCUGUCCUCAGUAAAAUGGCAAAAUAGGUGUACUUCAAAAGGAAAGAGCCAGAUAUGACUCACAGUGACCAUGUGGUUAUGAAUGUUUCCAGUGGACAGCCCUCAGCCUUCACAAUUUUUGAGUCAACACUGUGAUUCUCCCAUGAGUUUAUGUCUAUUCCAAAGGCUUUUUUCCAAUAGGUUUUGCACUGCAUAAACUAUAUUCUACUUUUUUUUUUUACACCAGCAACAAAUAUUUACACAUUACAAAAUGUGAGUUCUCCAACCUCAAUGAUUUCAAUCUCUUGAAAAAGGAUUUAUGAUGUUUAUUUAAAUGUUAUAUUACUUGCUUUCUUAUCCAAAUCAGAGGUGCAGGCCACCAAUAAAAGCUGUCUCCCAGCUUUUGUGUCUUGAGAGACUCCAGAGCCAAACUCAUUUUCUAAGAUUUGAGACAAAGUUGUCACAGAUGUUUUUUUACUGUUCCCAGAAUUACAUAUUACUUUCCAAUUAUAUCAGGGAUUCUGUUUAUUUGAAGACUGUGUGAAGUUACUGUUUUGUGUCCACUUCCUUUAACAUGACUAGGAUCCAUUUUUCCACCAAAAGACCUCUGGUUAAAAUACUAUAGAGAAAACUGAUAGGAUAAACAUACAAUAUACUAUAGUUUAAGUAACCAAAAAAAAAAAAAAAAAAGUUAUAUGGUUAAAUACAGAAGGACAAUAUCAUAUGUUCUGAAAGAGAAGGAAGAGAAAAUAUGCUUUCUUAAAAUAGGAGCCCUUCUAGGGGAUUUGUUAAUGAAGGACAGAUGUGUGCUAUACUGUCUUCUAGAUAGAGGAUUUUAUUUUAUUUUUUUUUUACAUUACAAAUUGUGGUAAAGUAUAUAUAACAUAAGGCUUCCCUGGUGGCACAGAGGUUAAAUAAAUUUUGCCAUAUAACCAUUUUCAGUCCCAUAAUCCAGUGGCAUUAAUCACAUUCAUAGUAUUGUGAAGCCACAUUGUCUGGGUAACUUUUGGUAAUUAUGUGCUUCCUCUUCAGUGUGUUAUUUCUGCAGAGUCAUUUUGAUAAGUUUCAUUUUUCUAGGAGGAAUCUGUUUCCUGUGAGUUUUGAGCUUGACUGGCAUAAAUUUAUUCACAAUGUCGUAUAUGUUUAAUCUCUGCAGCAUCUCUAACUGUGUUCUUUUGGCUUUUUAAUUUUAUUUUAGCCUUCUUUUUUAUGAAUUAUCUUGCAUAACUUUUUCAUGUUUUCAAAGAAUCACCUUUCUGCUGGAUUGAUGCUCUCUUUUCCCCCUAGUUCAUCAUAUGAUUCUUUCCUUCAACUUUUCCUCAACUUUGAGGUUUUUCCUCUAAAUUCUUAAAUGGAAAAGAGAUUAACAUCAUUAUUUUUCUAACAUAAAUAUAUAAAGCUGACUUUUCCCCCUAAAAUCCACUUUAGCUACAAUCUGCAAGUUUUGGUACUCACCACCGUCAAUAGCCAUAGUAUUAUGUAUUUUCUAAUUCCUAAUUUAAUUCAUUAACUAUAUCUUUUACCCAUGAGGUAUUCAUAAGUAUAAUGUUCUCUAAAUUUCAAAUGCUAAUGGAUUUUUUUAUUAGAUUCAGCCAUGUGGAACUGCUAACAUUCAAUCUUUUUAUAAGCUAUAAAGUAGCAGUUUCAUAUGGUUCAACAUAUAGUUUUCUUUUGUUAGUAAUAUAUAACUUAAUUUCAUUUGGUCAAACAAUAUUAGAUUGUGAAUUUUAAACCAAAGGUAACCACAUUCACACUAAAGGUCCUUGUUUCUAUCAUUUUGUAUUUUAUUGGGGGUUUUUAAAAUGUUAUGAGUACAUGUGUAACCAGUAAUUUUCAAUAAAAGUCCUCCCCGAAUA